ACCGGAUCGGCCCGUGUGUGAGGCGUGGUGUUGGAGACCCGAGGUCUGGGCAGCAGGGCCGGGCCGGGCCAGGCCAGGCUGGGCCAUGCCAUUCAGUCCGCCGCCAACCAGUCUUUUUCACCGCUGUUCUUAGCUCUGUUCUCAUGCGCCGGGCAGGACGCGAGUGCCCGCCUGCAAAGCGCCGACAGCGAGCGAACAAAACUUCACAUUAGCGUGGUGUUGAUGAGGCUUCCGUGAACUUGCAUUGUCCCCAUCGUCCGUAUUUACAUCUUUCUCUGCAUUUUCUGCAUGUAAUGUUCAUCUUUUAAAAUAGGACGCAGUCUAGAAAGCAAGGAAUGGCAACUAAACUAAAAAGGACAGAAGGAAAAAUAGCACCAAUGAGAUUAUAUACACUUUCCAAGAGGCACUUUGUCCUAGUGUUCAUUGUGUUCUUCAUCUGUUUUGGAGUGAUAGUUUUGAUCGGAAUAGCUGGUCCUGAAAUUAUUACAUCCAGAGCAUUGCCUCCAAUCUCACCCACCACUAAGGGUAAUCUGACAAGCCCUUUAAAACUGCAAACACCUGGACUGUCCACAUACAAUCAGGAAUUAUGGUUAACAUGUCAUUUUGAACAGAAUUCAGUUGUGGAGAUCCGGAAGAAUGUGUCCAUGAUGGUUACAAUAAGUGGAGUCAUGCAAGACACCAGUGUACCAAACAUCAGGGUGUAUCCCCAUAACCACACUCGGUCUCUUCACUGUGCAAAUCGGCUCUGUGAUGAAAUAAUUGUGUUACAUCUCGGUUAUCUGAACUACACAGAGUAUGUGAUCACUGUCACCUUUUACAAUCUAGUGAGCUCAGAGUUUCCAAUUAAAGAUGUGAAUUUCACUCUGAAGAUGUAUAAUGCCUCAUUUUCACAAGUGGAGAUCUGGUUCCGAUUUAUCUUCGUCGUUUUCACUUUCAUGGUUACGUGCCUGUUUGCUCACUCUUUGAGGAAGUUUUCAAUGCGUGAUUGGGCGAUUGAACAAAAAUGGAUGUCUAUCUUACUGCCUUUAUUACUGCUUUAUAAUGACCCGUUCUUCCCACUCUCAUUUCUUGUGAGCAGCUGGUUUCCAGGAAUGCUCGAUGACCUUUUCCAAGCAAUAUUCCUCUGUGCAUUGCUGAUAUUUUGGCUUUGUGUUUAUCAUGGAUUUCGUGUGCAGGGAGAGAGGAAGUUUUUAACUUUUUAUUUGCCCAAACUGAUUAUUGUUGGUCUUCUCUGGCUGGCUGCUGUCACUCUGGGGAUAUGGCAGACGGUUAAUGAAUUACAUGACCCAACAUAUCAAUACAGAGUGGACACAAGCAACUUCCAGGGAAUGAAGAUUUUCUUUUUGAUAGUUGGUUCCGUCUAUAUACUAUAUCUGGUUUUCCUGAUUGUGAGGGCAUGCUCUGAACUGAAAAACAUGCCAUACUUUGAUCUCCGCCUGAAAUUUUUGACUGGGCUAACAUUUAUUGUUCUAAUAAUAAGCAUUGUCAUAAUAUAUCUGAGGUUUGGAGCAAACAUCCUGCAAGAUAACUUUGUGGCUGAGCUCUCCACUCACUACCAGAACUCAGCUGAAUUUCUGUCCUUCUACGGCCUGCUGAACUUCUAUCUGUACACGCUGGCAUACGUUUACUCCCCUUCGAAGAAUGCUGUGUAUGAAUCCCAGCUAAAGGAUAACCCAGCCUUUUCCAUGUUAAACGAUUCUGAUGAUGAUGUUAUUUACGGGAGUGAUUAUGAAGAGAUGCCUCUACAAAAUGGCCGUGCCAAUAAAUCCAAGUAUCAGGAUGAGUCUGGUAGUGAUUGAAGUACAUCUUAGAGGACUCAUCGAUUCCAAGGACUUAUCCAUCUUGUUAAAUUCUGAGAAUGGAUGAUGGAGCCAAAUUUACUUUGAACUGAUUAUCAUGUCGGCAUCUUCUUAGCUGAGAUCUCUCACUGGUAACUCCAUCUGUAAAUAUUUAAUUAUUUCACACUCUGCCACCUCAUCUAGUUGUUCUUUCCUCAUUGAUAUCUUGAAGGAUCAGAUCACUGUGUUGAAGAUGAGCAUUUUUUUUUCCUUCAAUGGGGAUUAAUUAGAGUGUACAGUUUUAUCAGAAAACAAAUCAUGUAGCUUCUAAAGUCAUUUAUACCUUAUGAACAAAUGUAAUGAUCUGAAUGUUUGUGUUGUGAGCCUGUUUUUAGACUAGAUGCCAUACACAAGGUGGUUCAAACCCUAGAGUGGGGUAAUGAGGUAACUUUUUAAAGUAACAUUUUGGAUGGUGCUUAUGAUGGUGUUUUAAAAUCAAAAGUGUCUAAUAAAUAAAUUAAGCUGUGGGCCGGUGAUUGACAUUCUAGGCUCUCCUGGAAUUAGCACUAUGACAAUGAUGUACUUUAUAAAGUUAAAGCUACUCUCUAAACAAAAAAUCUAGUGUAAAUCAAGAUUGAAAUUUCAAUCUCUUUCUUUUAGAACAUGAUACAAUUUUAGAUACUUAUGUAAGUAAUACCUGGCACUACAAUUUAAGAGUUAAUGUCAGAAAGGGAAGUUAGCUCUGUCCAGACUACUAAAGCAUUAUUGUUUACAGGAGUUAUUUCUCACCAGUAAAUGACCCUCAACUGCCCUGUACUUGAAACCAUACAGACAUUUCUUUGGAUGUAUCUUUCGUCAUGGUCUGACUUGCUUUUCUUGGUAUCAUGAAAGGGCAUUUAGUUCUGCUUUAGAGAGUAUAAUUGCCAUAACAUCUAAAUACCUGCCCUAAAUUAGGACAAUAACCAUUUGUAAUUAAUUUUUCUCACUAUUGCUAUCUCUAACUAUCCUUGCCCUAAUCCUACCUAGCUAAAUAUAUUCUAUUUUUCCUUAUUUAUUUUUAUCAUGCAAAAGUAUUUAAGUUUUGGUCUGAUUGGAAAAACCAGUAUUUUCCAAUGUUCCAGGUAAUAAACAUCUAACAGAACUGAAAAUAUUUAUUUUGAAAACAUUCCAGUGCCACUCAAAUAUAUGGUUAUUCGACAUUCCAGAUUUUGGACUUGUAAAUAUAGUGCAAUGCAAGGAGGAUGCAAAUAAUUUUAAAUUUACUUUUUUUUACUCCUUUCAUGAGAAGGAAUAAACUUGUAUCCCUCAGGAACAUAAAAUAGUUUAUUAAUUGAAGCAAAUUUGCAAAGUAGACACAUCUGCCACCUUGGUUUCAUAUCUAUUUGAGCUACAAAGCUCAAAAGAAUGAGCAGCUGAUUGUUUUUUGCUGCUGAUUGAGAAGAGAAUAAAGGCAGGAUUCUGGCAGAAUCUCACCUUUGGGUUGAUUCAAGUUGAGCAAGGUGUAUUUGUGGCUGCACUGAGGAACUGUAACACAUGCUCUGUCCAUGAUCGUUGCAGUGUGCACUCGGGAAGUCUAAUUACUCAGUUUCCAAUGCAAUUUACCUACAUUUUUUCAAGUUUACCAGCUCAAAACUCUUUUGCUGUAUGAAAAGGAGGGGGCACUUUGACAUAAAAAAUUCAAAAUC